AUGUCUUCGAAUUUUCACAAGUUUCUAGGUUGCUCCAUAGUGAAAUGGGAUGGCACUCCAAUUGUCGCCACGGGACAACCACGGAUACGAGUUGCGCCUCUAUCACGUGUACAAAUUCGGCAGCCUAAUUCACGUUUCUUCUCCUUGACGACCACGCCUCGCAAUAGCAAUAUCAGCUCCUAUUCUACUCAAACAAUGUCUCUUCCAAAGCUUGUUCGAUUUUUGCUAAACCCAUCGCAUAAACUAGAUAAUUUCUCGCCGUACCUGCAAAAUUAUCUCCAAAGCUCUCCUCUGACCCUUAUUAUUGAAGUAUUCUCCGCCUGCCUUGCUUCAAUCACUCUCAGAUUCCAAGGUCUCCCAUUUCGGGAUAUUUGGAGGAAUUUUUCACAUCUUUUGAAUCGUAUCGAGGAGAAUUAUGCAGAUAAUUUGCAUUCCAGCAUCGGGACUGCUCGAGCCCGGUUGUUCUUUUCGACCACUUGGACGAGCUGGAUGAUCUUUCUCGGAGUACGCUGCCAGCCUUCGAGUUUCUCACAAUGUAGAGGAUUUGGAUGUUGGCCAGACCGAUUGUUCUUCUGGGCGAACAUUCUGUCCACCAUCCCCAUACUCAUUCCUCUUUUCAAGAAAAAGCUAGUUUUGGGCGAAAUGUGGACACCUUUGAAAUCCUUCAACUCCGAUCUCGAGCACCAUAACAUUUCCACUCAAGCGGUCGACAAGAUAUACCACUGGACAGAAAACCUCGCUAUCUGGCUACAUGUCAUUAUACUCUUGUACCCAUUCAGAAACUUCCUUUCCUCGUUUAUGCGCCAUCCUUGGCUAGUUGUUAAAUACUACAUUAGCUUUUACACAUGGGCCUUCUUCGCGGUGCUUAUUUCAUUUUCUCUUGCUGCAAUAUUUGGUUUCAUCAUUUUCCAUGCUCCUGGAUAUGUACUUCAACGCGACCCUUACACUAGAGAGGCCUCAACUUUCAAGAUUAUCCUCACUGGCGGAGUAGCUUCACUAUGCUAUGCAUCUUUAUUGAGACUGUUUAGGGCAAGAUGUGUUAGUUUUACAGUGUGGGCAUUCAGCGAUGCGGCGAUAUGGGCGGGGUUUGAGGGAUUGGUGGCGUGGGUGGUUAUGAUGAAUCAGGAUUCUUUUGGAGAGUUUAUGCAUCGGGAGUCGUAUGAGAAGGAAAAGAGGAAAAGAGGAGAGAAUGCGAAGUUGGACUUGGGGGCGGAGGAGGGUAAGGGGAAUGAAGAGAGUGGCAAGGUGGACGAUAUUGCUCGUUUGGGUACAGAAGCCCGAAUGUGGGAGCAAAGACGGCAGCUUAGGGCGGGCGAGAAAUGUGUCAUAGUUGGGACUUAA